AUGCCGAGCCCCAUAACGCCAUUUGAGGACGAAGAUAUAGGAGGCUCUAGUACGCUUGAGCGUACGACACUUGGUGUCAGGAUACCAAGUUCGAAUCCUCCAGAUUUACCACCAGAACUCGAUGUGUUUUCCCGUGGGAAUUCCUCAGGGCCGACAGGAUAUUUAAUCGAUGCUUAUUCUGUCAACAGACCAAGGGCAGCAUCAUUUUCCGCGCGGUUCAGACACGCAGGUGGGGUCAACAGUAUUGAUAGUUUUGCUCGGUCAUGGCAACGAGCUGCAGGAUUCCCAGAAAUAAUUCCUCGCCGUCCCUCGUUUGUGACGGUUGAAUCCGACGAAGAAUGGGCCGUGCAUGACACUGCUACGUCCCAAGACCGUCGGCCAUUGCUUGCUGCCGACGGUGAGGAAGAUGGUCAUGGCCUCGAUGACCAAGGUACGCCAAAAGGAAUCGCUAGCAUUUUCGGAUCAUCGUUGGAUAGGAGCGCCGGAACGUCGUACGGUACCAUAUCCUCUCGUGUUAGCGAAGCGACACGGCGACACGCCGUACAACUCCACAGGGAGCAAGAAGCCCGCCUUGAUGCACCUGCGAGUGAGGAUACUGAAUCUCUACUCGUCAAGCAAGUACACCAUGAAGAUGGUACUCGCGAGAGUAUUGUUGUUGGCCAGUCGACCGUGCCGCAAACGAUCUUCAACUCCGUGAAUGUUUUAAUCGGCGUUGGACUCUUGAGCCUACCGCUCGCAAUGAAGCAGGCUGGCUGGCUGCUUGGUCUAACAUUUCUUUCGUUCGCUGCCGCCGUAACUUCUUACACAGCUAAGAUCCUUGCUAGGUGCUUAGAUGUUGAUCGGAGUCUCGUUACCUACGCUGAUUUGGCCUACAUAAGCUUUGGGAACCAUGCACGCUUAGCGACAAGCCUUCUAUUCUGUUUGGAACUCAUAGGGGCUUGUGUCGCCCUGGUUGUACUUUUUGCUGACAGCCUCCAGGCUCUAAUCCCAGGACUGAGUAGUCUCCAGUGGAAACUUAUUUGUGGUCUCAUGCUUAUUCCUUUGAACUUUGUGCCAUUGCGACUUCUUAGUGUGACUAGUAUCUUAGGUAUCAUCUCUUGCACAUCCAUUGUUAUGUUAAUAUGCCUUGAUGGGCUCCUCAAACCGAACGGUCCGGGCUCCCUCUACGAACCAGCCAGGACUUCUUUAUUCCCAAACAAUUGGCGGACCGUACCUCUUAGCUUCGGGUUGAUCAUGUCACCUUGGGGCGGCCACGGCGUGUUCCCCAAUAUAUAUAGAGAUAUGAGGCACCCGGGCAAGUAUGGAAAGAGCCUGUGGGCUACAUAUAUUUUUACGUACUCCCUUGAUUGCGCAAUGGCUAUUGUGGGAUGGGUGAUGUUUGGUGAUGAAGUACGUGAUGAAGUCACCGCCAACAUCCUGCUGACGAAUGAAUAUCCACGCGGAAUAUCUAUUUGCAUCAUAAUCUUUAUCGCAAUCAUUCCAAUUACAAAAGUGCCUCUGAACUGUCGACCUCUGGUGGCUACAGUUGAAGUCCUUUGUGGGCUUGGGCCACAUGUUGCCUUAGUAUCCGAAAACCCCAAUAGCAUACGGGUAGCCAUUCGGCAGUCAUUGCAAGCCAUUAUACGGCUUCUUGUGAUUGCGGUCAUCGUGCUAAUGGCAAUCCUCUGCCCAUCCUUUGACCGAAUCAUGGCGCUGAUGGGCUCUGCUUUGUGCUUUACCAUCUGCAUCGUCCUGCCACUUGCAUUUUAUUUGAAAAUAUUCGGACAAGAAAUCAGUCGACGAGAGUGGAUCCUAGACUGGUUUCUUUUACUCAUAUCAACAGCAUUGGCAAUUGUUGGAACCGCGUGGGCGUUCUUGCCGGAAAAUAUGAUUUCUGUACAGUAG